AUGACAUCAUCUUCAGACUUGGAUAGACAGAUUGAACAGUUGAAGAGAUGUGAGAUCAUCAAAGAAUCAGAGGUCAGAGCACUAUGUGCAAAGGCUAGAGAGAUCCUCUUGGAGGAGGGAAAUGUACAGAGAGUAGACUCACCCGUCACUAUAUGUGGUGAUAUACAUGGACAGUUCUAUGACUUGAAGGAACUGUUUAAGGUUGGUGGAGAUUGUCCACAAACCAACUAUCUCUUCAUGGGCGACUUUGUAGAUAGAGGCUUUUAUAGUGUUGAGACAUUCCUAUUGCUACUAGCUUUGAAGGUUAGGUAUCCAGAUAGAAUCACACUGAUUAGAGGCAAUCAUGAGAGCAGACAGAUUACACAAGUAUAUGGAUUCUAUGAGGAGUGCGUCCGAAAGUAUGGAUCAGUCACCGUGUGGAGAUACUGCACAGAGAUAUUCGACUACCUAUCACUAUCUGCCUUGGUCGAUGGAAAGAUAUUCUGUGUCCACGGUGGUCUCUCACCAUCCAUUGAUACAUUGGAUCAAAUCAGAGCAAUCGAUAGGAAACAAGAGGUUCCACACGAGGGACCAAUGUGUGAUCUGAUGUGGUCGGAUCCAGAGGAUAUACCAGGAUGGAACAGCAGCCCAAGAGGAGCAGGCUAUCUGUUUGGAGAGGAUAUAGUGCAAAAGUUCAAUCAUAACAACAACCUGGAGUUUAUAUGCAGGGCACAUCAGCUGGUGAUGGAGGGUUAUAAGUAUAUGUUCAACGAGACGUUGGUCACGGUGUGGUCCGCCCCCAACUACUGUUACAGGUGUGGCAAUGUGGCCGCCAUACUCCAGCUCGAUGAGAAGCUAAAGAAGAACUUUGUCAUCUUUGAAGCUGCGCCUCAAGAGUCCAGGGGAGUGCCUGCCAAGAAGCCAGCUCCCGAAUACUUCCUUUAA